AUAUACAUAUGUACCUAGUUUCCUGUGUAGAGAGUGCGCCGUUUUUUCCCAAUGUUCUGUGCUAUAUGUAUAGCUAUACCUGUUGAAUCUUCGGCGCGCUGCGAAUUUGUCUUCUGCUUGAGCUCGCACGAGCGCGCAAGGCAGUAUAUAUAGUACAGGCACCCCGAGAGUAUUCAACGAACAGCAGUUUUGUGUCUACUGCUCCGCGCAUAUCUGCGCACGAAUUGCGCUCGGUGUGUGUGUGUUACAUACCUAUAGAUAUUAAAGUGCACACACAUGCCAUAUCUCGCUAUCUCUUACUGGCUGGUGUCUAUAUAUACCUACUUACUGCCUGCUGUUGCUCGCUACACACGCACACACACACACCCACAAAGACGACGACUAUUCAGUGGGGUAAAAGGUAUAAGCAGCUCGGCAGCAGUAUAGCUGGCACACCAGCAGCAAGCAGCACAUCGAUUUUCUCCACCGUAUUCCCAAUGUUAUUUCACGUCGCGAGCGUUGUUUAGAAUGCAACGACCAGCGUAACGUAGACAGUAACUUGCAAGCUCCCGUUUUAUCGGUUAUCACAACGUAUACGCCGCGAGUGCGAGAACUUUUCAGAUCAUUCGACCAAGAUAAAAAAGGGUAAAUCUCAAUGAUUGCCCAGUGUUUUCGCGAUUACGUGAUUGAAUGAACCCUGGGUGAAUUUUCGUCCCCAGCGAUGCUGCAUCAUCCGCUGCCUUAGAUGAGCUCGACUGCUCGCCCAGUCUCGGAUCUCUCGUUGGACCCGCGAGACUCGAAACUACGCGUAUGCUGGAUUAUUCAUGGCAGCGACGAGCGACCGAAGCUAGAGAAUCAUCAUGGAGGCUGGCCAGGGUGACAGAGUAGAUAAGAAGGAUGACAAGAAAAAGAAGCCCAAGUACGAGAACUUGGGCUUCAAUACGGCGGAGGCUCUGGAUAUCCUGCAGAGGGAUAUCAGAAGGAUAAUCGACGAGUACGAGAAGGAGUGCAAAAAAAACAAAAAGUACAAAGAUUGGUUGAAAGAUGCCUUGCAUCAUAAGAGUCAGUAUACAACAUUUUGUUGGACAUCCGCUGCUGCUCUUCUCAUUAGUGCCGCAAUGUUGAUUGUUUCUUAUUUUACUGCUCCAGAAUCAGAAUUAACAACUUGGCCUUAUGAAGGAAACAUUUUAUUUAUUCUAGUUAUAUUUAAUUCUAUAUUGGUCAUCACUGACAAUCGGUUUCGACACCUUGAAAUUUUAAGCAGAGUAAAACAUGUAGCUCAACAAAUAGAAGUUGCAAAAUCAAUAUGUUAUUGGAAGCUGGAACACUACCCUCACUUGUAUAGCCCCUUAUCCCCCUGUAUUACGCUUCAAUAUACAUACAGAGAUGGUCAAAUGGUAAAUCUUCCUUGGGCACUUCUAGUUGCUGGUGACAUAAUUGUGAUAAGACCAGGUCAACAAGCCCCUGGAUAUUGUACACCAUUUGAAGACUCUGAUGGUCCAGUAUUACAUGCACAUGAAAUAUAUUCACCUCCUCUACCUACAGGUGAUGUUUUUUCAUCGCCUCAACCAAGAGUACCUUUGCGCAAUCAACGAUAUAAACUUCAAGAAACGCCGUACUUAACUAGUUUAAGAUUAGCUUUGGAUCAAGCUUUAGAUAGGCCAGUUACUUGUUUCAACCGUGAAAGACAUCUUGUUGUGAUUUGUUGUAUUGAACAAUUAGUUUAUCCAAUAUUACUCAUUUUGAUACUUAUAUUCAAUUUAUUGAGGUACUUAUACUUGUAUGAGUAUGUUGGAAUUGGACAUUGGACAGAAUUAUUUUUAUUACAACCAGUAACUGUUACAUUGCCAUUGUUGCCAAUAGCUUUCCCAAUAUGGUGGAUUAUUUUAAAUUGUUUCGGCAUGGCUAGAUUCAAAGCUUUAUUUAAGCUCUAUCAAUCGUCGAAAAAAAAUCAAUUUUUAGAUCCGUUUGAAGAAGGAACAGAUCAUAGUCAACCAGAUGUUGUUUACAACUGGACUGAAUUAUCUCGUUAUUUUUGUGCCAUAAUGUUUGGUAAAGAACAUAUGAUGACUAGAUCUGCUAAUAUUUUACAUGUUUUGGGAUCCGUAACGGCUUUGUGUUGCGUCGAUAAAAAAGGUAUAUUGUCUUGGCCAAAUCCCACGGCUGAAAAAGUUUUUUUUCUUCACAACGCCAACGCUGCUGCCAAUACGAGCUCUAACGCAAAUCUGAAAGAAACGGUAUCGCAUACUUCAAGCAUGACCAGCAUUAACAAGUCUACUGAGCCCAAUCAUCCAAAUGACAAUAGCGCUAAACAAGAACAAACGAACAAAUCUUCGACUCAGCAUCAGAACGAUGGAACGCACGUCGUAGCGGAAGUAUUGGAUCUCACUCACGAUCGGGCUUUGCCCUUCAAAUUACAAUUCGACGAUCAGGCCUGGAGGCAACAUCUAAACUCUCUUAAGCCAUUGGGUUUGGCAAUUUUGCUCAAUACUUGCAACAUGGAGACGCAGGAGCAUUACGCCCGUUUCUGUUGUCACGUUACUUGCGAAGCUUUCCACAAUGAAAAUCUCGUUCCUGUAACCAAUAGACGCUGGUUAGAGCGAGAGAGUAGCUGCACCAGCAGCAGCCGAGCGACCUCGUCCCACUACUGCCACCACGAUCAGCAAAACCAGCACAGCAGUAACAAUUGCGGUGGACAGUAUUUCGUCGAUGAAACCGGAUAUGUUGAACAAAUGUGGUGUCUGUGCGAGCUAGCCAAACAAAUCGGUUUCAAAGAUCAAGCCAAAGAAAUCUUCCAUUUGGAACAGCAGCUUUCUACUUUUCGCCAUGUGCCAGAGACAGCUCGCGUAAGAGAUAUGAAAUUCGCUCGUUCGUUGAGCAUCUCGACCAAGCUAAAAUUUCCAUUUCCGCACAUGGUCGCCGUGGUAGUGAGAGAAAAGAACGGAGGAGGCUUGCAGCUACUCACCCAGGGCACUGCCGAUAUCAUUCUCGAUUCCUGCAUCGAAUUCUGGGACGGACACGACUUGUGCCCGCUGACCGAAUCCGAAAAGAAAAAAGUCCAAGACUUUUACAAUCGCAUGAGUCUGACGUCCUACUGCACGGCGUUCGCCUAUCGUCCUCUGACGCGCAGCGUCAGCAGUCACCUGUCCAACGUCUACCUGGAGUUGCCGACCGAGAGCAAGCAUCUCUUUACUCCGUAUCGCAGCCCGACCCCGCUGCCCUGGGACUUUCGCAAUGUUCUCGAUCCCAGGAUCAAGGGCCUGUUGGGCCAAUUUCACUCGACGGACUCGUUGCUCUGCAGCGAGGCCAAAGAGGACGAGGUGAGCAGCGUCGAGGGCUGCUUCGAGCUCCAGUGCAAUCAGAUUUUCAUUGGUAUGGUCACGAUGCAAUAUCAAGCUCAAACCGAUAUGGUGACUUUGAUCGAGCAAUUGGAAAGGGCUUGCAUAAGAUUCGUGCACUUCAGUAAGGAGAACGAGCUGAGAUCCCGAGUGUUUUCCGAGAAGAUGGGCCUCGAGAGCGGCUGGAAUUGUCACAUCUCGUUGCUCAGCGAGCGAGCCAGGAUGGACAGCCCAGUGGUGAAGUGGUUGGCUUCCUCGUCACCGGCGAUAUCCUCUCGUGGAGGACACCGACGUAGCCUUAAUAAAAGACGCGCCGAAUUGCAAAUGAUGCAUUCGGUUCAUCAUGUUGAGGCGAAUCUUCGGCUUAAGCGUUUUUCGCUUCGCUCGAAUCUGGACAACAGCCGGCAGAUGAGCAUGUCGGCGCCGUGCGCCAUCAACAGCGAGCACGUGACCAGCAGUGUGAGAUUCGAGGACGAGACGGCCGUCAAUGUGAUGACGUCGGAUUCCGACGAAACGGCCGCCGUCGCCGCUGCCUCCGUCCAACCCAACGAGUGGAAUAGUGCCGACGCGAAACAGUCGAAAAAUUCAAUAAGCCACAGAGAAACGGAGCAGCAGCAGCAGCAGGCGACCGAGGAUAGCGUGCUGAUCCAGAGCAUCGAUCUCGCCUCGGGCCAGGACAACUGGCGCUCGCUGAGCUGCCUGACCGACAGCACCGAGCAGAGCGCCCCGGUCAACUUCGACCUGUCGAAUCGGGCCAAGCUGCCGCGCGGCAUCGACAAGAUCAGGCCGCACAUCGAGCUGAUCGACAACGUGCCGCUGCUCGUCUCCCUCUUCACGGACUGCACGACGGCGGUCACGCGCGAGAUGCUGCACAUCAUGCAGGACUACGGCGAGGUCGUCUGCGUGCUCGGCUCCGCGGCCAACGCCGAGAACAUGCCGAUCUUCAUGCAGGCCGACGCAGCAAUAGCGGUAGAGCCGCUGUAUCCACAGGUGUGCCAACGGGUGGCUGUGUUCACGGAGACUCGAGCCGAGGAGGGGCCGUCGCCCAUCGAGCUGAGCCGCGCCCUCAACUCCGUGGCCUGCUCGUUGAGCAUCAAACGCGAGGACCCGAUCGCCGUUUACCACCUCAUCAUGGAGGCUCGCCACUACAUGAAGUGCCUGUGGAACUGCGUGCAGUUCUGGCUCUGCUGCGUGCUCACCCUGGCCCUGGCCCAGGCCCUGUCGGCCUUUCUGCUGCUGCCGCCGCUGUUCACCGUCGGCCACGUGCUCUGGCUCGGCUGCGUCAUCGUGCCCGUGCUCGCCGUCUCGCUGGUGGGCACGCCCACCGACCCCAGCAUCAUGCAGCGCGCCACCGGCAAGAACCAGUGCCUCGUCACCUGGGAGGUGGCGGCCUUCGUGCUCUGGUGCUACGGCUUCAAGUUCCUGCCGACCAUAGUCACGGUGCUGGGCUGGCAGUGUCUCGCGCUGUUCGCGCUCUGCGCGACCUACGCCAAGCCCGAGCUGCCCUGCUACUACGUCUAUCCGAACGUCACUGCGUCCGACGUGGCCUGGGCCGGAUGGGCCAGCAAGCCCGACACUCUCCUGGUCGUCCAACAUAUCGCUCUGGUCAUCGUUGUUUUGCACUUUGUGACGAUUUCCGUUGGUUUUGUUCACCGUGAGUAUUCUUUGUGGCGUAAGCUUCCUUUCAACAACUGGAUCUGGUUCACAGUUGCCGUUGUAGUAAUAAUGUUGCAAAUUGCCUUUUCGAGCAAUGUACUAUGCAACAAUUGGAAAGACGAUACGAAAACUAAAAGUUUUCCACUUCACUUGCCGCUCUAUUUUUUCGCCUCUCUGCCCAUUGUGCUUCUCAUCAAUGAAUUCGUCAAAGCCCAAGAAAUCAAGCUAAAUGUCAGAUAUCAAAAGAGAGCUCGGCUCGAAUUCACCACGAAACUGGGAAUGAAUUCGCCGUUCUAAAUCGUUGUCUUAUAAAUUCUUGAUGGGACAGUAGUAUUAAAAAUAUUUUUCCAAAAAAAUGUGUUUCACGAACUCUUGAGCUUAACGAAUGCUGCUGCUUUUAUGAUUAAUAUUAUUUCCAUGAAAUAACAAUUUUCUUAAUACUAUUAUGAAUCCGGAAUGUUAUGUCACCGCUUUUAAUAUUACUAGAAUAAUACUUAACAAAAGACUUAAGAUUUCGAAGUUAGUUUGAUUCAUAUCAAUUGCGAUGUUGACUAUUCUUCAAUGUGUCAUUUUUGAAAAAAAAAACUUUUAAAUAUAUUUCGUGUAACGUUGUUCAUCGAUGGUUGGAAAUCAGUUCUACGUCGAUUUUCGAUGAAAUAUCAUGGAAAAAAUCGUUACUAAAUGUUCUAAACUGUUUAUAAACACGCACAAAUUUAAUGCACAAUGUACUUGAGAAAUUGUUAGAUAUAAUUUUAAAUUCAAUUGUAAAAACUUGAUCGAUUAACUGCUGGUGGAUCAAUAUGGUUUAAAAUUAUAUUGCAUAAAUGUUUUGUAUAGAUUAAUAUUGUAGAAUUGAUGUCUUUGUAAUUAUGUGUGUGUUAAUGAAGCUUGCAAGCCAUUGGAAACCCGUACCACAAAAUAUUUUGAAUAUUUUAUGAAUACAAAAUAUUUUGUAUCCACUUUUUUUCUAUAAAUCUGUACUUGAACAAUGCAGCUAGUCAAUUCAAAUAAUAUAUCAAUGAAAAACAUAUUUUUUCUUUCAAUAAUCUUCGGAAAAAUCACCACGAAAUCAGUAUAAAAACUGAUAGUAUCGCUCUGUACUGGAAUACAAGCGCAGUAUAUUAAAAUUUUUGUAAAAAUAUUGUAAGCAUAAAUAAAAACAAUUGUUUAUGCUCUUAGUACAAAAAAUGUUGUACUUACUUUUAUUUUUAUUACGUUUUAGUGAAAUGAAAUAAUUUUUAAAACUAAACAAAUUUCGAAAGAGGAGAACGAUUGUUUAUGAAAUAGCUGAUUUAAAUAUUAAAAUAAUUGUGUACUUUCUUGUUUGCAUUGACGAAAAGAACACAAUGUUUCGAAAGCGUAUCAUUUUGAUGUUAAUAACGAAGACUUACUGUAUAAAAAUAUUCAAUCAAUUUUUUCAGAGACUAACUGAUGUAUAUUUUAAAAAA